CGUCUAGUUGCCGUAGCAACGAGCAUAGGCCGCCGGCGUGCACUUAUGUCGCUGCCGGAGCCCGUAAGGAGGCGGCUGAGCUCCUUCAGCCGGACCGUCUUCACGGACAACAACCGGACCGGACCCGGGAACAGCGCCACCGACAAUGUUCCAGAUAAUGAAAUCGUUUCCAGUUUGCCCUUGCAGAUGUCCCUCUAUUUCAACCUCUGCUUUUUCCCAUUUUGGUGGGUCAGCAGUAUAGUGAUGCUGCAGCUGAAGUAUCCAGUCUUACCAGACUACUACAAGUUCAUCUUGGUGACAGUCAUCAUAUUGACCUCUCUGAUUGAAAUGAUCCGCUUGUACCUAGGAUACAUGGGGAAUUUGCAGGAGAAGGUUCCUGAACUAGCUGGCUUUUGGCUCCUGAGUCUCCUUUUACAACUGCCCUUAAUUCUCUUCCUGCUUUUAAAUGGAGGUCUGAAAAUCCAACCCUUGGAGCGAGCAGUGAAUAUCGUCUUUGUAGUCUUCCGUCUCCAGGUUGUUACUGCAUUCAUUGCCCUCAGAAGAAUGGUGAACCAACUGGCAACUCGCUUCCGUCUUCAUGAGUUUGACCAGCUAGAUAAUCAUUCGCUCUGAUAACCUAAGCUGGCUAAAAUGAGAGUGGAGACUCCAUGGGAUAUGAGGCCACGCGUGGAGGAAAUUCGCUCAACAAGGUUCUAGUUGGACAUCUGCCAGUGGGGCUUGAUGCAGGAACAGCCACUGCCCAUCUUCCUUGGUUCUGUUGCCUUAAUUAUUUGGGUUUCUGAGAAUCUGAACUUGUUCCAGAUAUCAAAAAAGCUACUCUUCUACAAGGAACCUGUAAAAUGAGCAUUGCCACCGGUGUCUUCACUGUGAGCCCAAUUCUGUUGUGAUUAAAAAAAAUACUAACACAUAAAAAAUGUGACACUGGAAUGUAAAACCUGCAUGUAUUUGCAGGCAAAAUUCAUGAGCAGAAGGUUAGCUUUCUACACAUCUCGCCCAUGGUAUCUUGUGCCUUCCCCUGUAACACUUUAGCAUGUAUUCCACUUUAGACAUUUUUCAGUGGAGGAAAAUGUUAUAUCAGACAGCAGCCCUCAGAUUCACUGUUCUUUUG